AUCUCCCAGCAGCCCACGCGAGGCGAGGGUUCCAUGAAUGAUAGUUCACCUUCAGCGGCUCAGUUGGGUGAUACAAAAAAAAAAAUAUAUACAUUUAGUGUAUACAUCAUAUGGACUGUGUUGAUUUUACAGCCGAUAUGAACGGCAGAAUGCACAAUGCUACCCCUGAGCUGGAGAUCUGUCUGAAAAGGGGACCAUCCGGCCUGGGGUUCAACAUUGUUGGGGGAACAGACCAGCAGUACAUCUCCAAUGACAGUGGCAUCUACGUCACCAAAAUCAAGGAGCAGGGGGCAGCAGCACUGGAUGGGCGGCUCCAGGAGGGGGACCGGAUCCUGGCGAUCAAUGGGUGUGAGCUGCGGAACCUGUCCCACCAGGAGGCUGUGGAGCUCUUCAGGACGGCCGGGGAGGAUGUGAGGCUCCGGGUGCUGCAGGGGCACUCCACUCAGAUGAACGGUCCGGCGGGGUCGAGGGGCAGGGCCGAGGCGCCCAUCCCUCUGCUCGGAGUCCUGGCUGUAUCGGGAGCGCUGGCGCUCGCAGUGAUCGUGUACUUCAGAUUCCGUCACCGGAUCGGCAUGCGUUGAAACACAGCGUCACCAUUUAUUAUUUGAUUCCAUUAUUAUUAUUGUAAUGUUGUUGUUUUUUAUUUCUUUAAUUUCUUCUUUAAAGAAAACCAGACUGAUUGAUUUAAUUUUUCCCCACACCAUUUCACUGAUAUGUUUUAUUGUGAAUUUAGGUUUUGAAGCAAGAAGUUUGAAAUGUACUUGCAUGAUUAGUACCAGCCAAAUGAGAGGGUAUGUAAACUGAAGAUGUAUUUAAAUAACGGGUAUCAUCUUUAAGAAUGUUAAGAAUUUAAGUUUGAACACGGACAGUAGCUUUAACAGAGAAGGAAAGCAAGAGCUGCUUAAUGAAUUUAAGUGCCCGCUGCUUCUGCCACUAUGGCUCCCUUUACCCUGUGUGGAAGCAGUUCUGUGGCCACUUAUUUCCUUAGCCAGCUCACCCAUGUGUUUUCUGUUGCAUUUAUACAGCAAGGGUUGGAACCCAGCACAUUGCAAUGCUUUUUUUUUUUUUUUCUUUAAAUGCUUUCAUUUUUGUGAAUGUAGUGGUCAUGAACGGUCAGGAACAGUGAUAGUAGCUGCACGCGGGCACCAUGAGAGCUUCCUCACAGCUCUGCAAGCCCCCUGCCUGCCAUUCAGUGCUGGACCCCCCUCUAGCCCUGACUGCCAAAUGUGCUGUUUCCUAAUGUGGAAUACACAUGUCCUCUGAAAGUUGAGAGACUGAAACUGAAUCAGGCUGCUACACCACCUAGCCACCAUGGCAUUGACAGAUGCCAGUAGCUUUGCAGGUUGACCCUUCGCCUGUGAACCGAUCCCGGGGUUGAAUGCACCCGCUAUGACAAGCUGGCAUGCAAACCUCUAACACUUCAGCAAUAUGGUGGUGCUCAACUGUACCAUGCAAGCUAAAAAGCAUGUAGUCCCAGUGCUGUGUUCAAAACCCACAUACAUACAACACAAAAUGUUUGAAUCAAGGGAAGUGCUGCACUGGAGACAGUAUUGCCAUGCAGCAUAGUAACCCCAGAUUUCACUGUGUAGCAGGGAAUGAAGUCACUGGCUUUUCCACAAGUUCUGAGAAUAUCAAAUUUUUUUAAAUUACAUUUUUUGUAUUAUUGUUUCUCAUAAAGGGGUGAUAUCCAAUGCUUAAAAAUGUAUUUGCUUUACACGUUGGCGGUUAGAAUAUUCGUACGGGCCCCUUCUGUUGUGGUGAGAUUGUUUGUUUGCCUGCUUUUUUUAAAAUGCAAAGAACCAAUAGAGGUAACUGAAACAAUGAAAUGUCUGGUUGCUUGAAACACAUGUCAGUAACCUACAUGUUGUAUCUGUAAAGUUAAAACUAGACUAUCAUUUAGCAUGAAGAAAUAUAUCACCAUGGCCUGCAUUCACUGUACAUGCAUGGAUUCUUUUUAUAGCCUAUCCAUCACGAUUAGAAUAGCAGAUCUCUAGAUAGCUGUAAAAAAAAACAGAAAUGUGACAGGCAGGGAUGGAUAUCCACCGCCUGCAAGAAAUAAUAGCAGCUAAGAAAAUGGAUUUCAAAGCACUGGCUAGCACGCCUUUUUGAAGAUGAUUUUUAUUUUGUUUUAGUUUUAAGUCCGCAACUUUUGUGUUUUUAAUUUUUUUGUUUUUUUCAUUUUUGUUUUUAGUGCAUUUAUAGCUGAUCUACAUCAUGCCACAAAAACAAAGCCUUAGAAUUAGAUUUGAAUAAGCUCCUGCCUUAAUAUAAGACAGAGACCUUAUCGGAGCUGAGAGAGCUGUAGAAAGAGAAUCGUGGUGGAUGUAGUUAGAAAUCAUGACAUCUGUACAAGCCAAUGGGAGAACUGUUUAAAUGCGCAUGGCACGGUGCAUGUGUGUGUGUGUGUGUGUGUGUGUGUUAGUAUCCACUGUGUCUCCAUGUUUAAUAUAGACUCAUGAUUUGCUUUGUAGGCUGUAUACAGACCCUGUUCCGGUGCUGCACACACGAGACAGUGCUAGUGCACUGCUGUUCUGUAGAAUCAGGUAGAACUACAGUACAGCAAUACUGUCUGUAUCUGAUCAAGGUGCACCAUAGCAGCUUUUUAUCAAAGGCAGGGUUGGUGUAGAGAACAGUCUUUGUCCUGGCACUCGCUGUGAAUAUCUAAACCCUUACCCACUGUUCCAUUGUAUAUAGUACUUUAUGAAGUGGGUGAUAACAAUGAUAUCGGGGGGGGGGGGGGGGGGGGGGGUGGUUAUUGAUUCACCGUGCAGAGAUUGUGUUUUUGCUUCCAGGAUCAUGUUGCAUGAUCAAUCAAAGUGAUGAGAAUUGUCUUGGCCGUAGAAACCUUUUAAACCCAAGCCUGUCCUCAGUAUUUGGAUUUAGCUUACUUGUGAAGCUCACGUUAAAUAAUAUUUAAAUAUUGAUAUGAUCUGAAAGAACACGCAUGGAGAUAGUGACCGCACAGAAUAUUAGGACUUGCCAAAUCCUAAUUGCUUGCAUGGAAUAAAUGACACUGUGUUUUAUAAACGCUACGCUUGCCUAUUACUUUGUUGGUUAUGCACUGAUGCUAGUUUAGCAAUGUACUGCAUAGCAAGGUCUCUUCACCUGUACUUUGGGACCUGCUAUAAAGCAGCGAGGACAGGUUAAGGUUUUCGGCUGAGCAAUUGCACAGCACCCAUAAUGUACUGACAUCCUCAAAGCACAAACGCAAAGGAUAUUCUCAAAGCAUUUAUCACCAAUAUUUUGUAAAAUGAACUAGGAAGAAUUGUGCAUGCUAUUGAAAGUGAUGCUUGUACCAAAGCUGUGUGUGCAUGUCGCAUGCUUUGUGGUGGAUGGGCCAGUUAACUGACCCUCCACUUGUUUUGUUUGACAAUCCCUGUUUGUAACCCUUCCUCUCCCAAAAUGUAUGGAUUAUAUGUAUUGUAACAUCUUUCUGUUUUCACAGUCCUGAAGGACCACAUGCAUCUCUCUGAGCUGUCUUUAUUUGUUGUUGUCCAAACCCGAUUCUGUUGAUUAGAAAGUUCACUGCACUCUGUCUCUGUGCUGUUUGCAAUGAUUGCCUUCCCCUCUCUCUGCACAGUAAUACCAAGGCUUCAUGAAGCAGGUUUGUCAUUAAAUACAGAGCUUUCCUGCAAGUCAUUUUCUACCCAAGCGGAGUUCAAUUUGUAAGCCUGUUUGUGCUGAUCUGGGGCAUGGACUGAACCGCAUUGAUCGUUGCAUUUCAUUAAGUUUAGAAAUUAGGCUUUUUGCAUAUUUUUGAAUUUGUACAUUGUGUGUAGAUUCAUUUAGAAUGGAUGCGCUUGAACCUAAAAAAUGAUCUUGAGUGUUAAUUUGACACCUUGUUUGUGACUUGUAUAGUUAUAUAGUCAUGAUUACAUAAAGCCUGGCUAAUUUAAUUCAGCUCAACAUUCAUAAGUGCUAGUUUUGCAUCAUAAGGACGGUACAGUGGCUCCAAAGAUUAAUCAGACACAUUACCAUCAAUUCAGUAUUCAUGGUUCUACUGUAUAAGCAGUGUAAAUGACGCAUUGUGCUAAUGAACUCAUUUGUGUCAAGCGCUUUACAGGGCAAGUGUACAAGUAACCGCAAGACUGCAGACGCAGGAAGCUACAGCUGGCAGAGAGAACAGUGCCAUUUAAACCCAGUCGAUCCAAACUAUAAAACUGGAGUUAAACUUACGGACAGAGUCUGAAUAACUGUUGGUGCAAAAUUCUGAAGGAUCACAAGCAAACUGAAAAUUAAAUGGUUUGCCAAUUUGUGACAGGGCAGCUACCUUAAAAAACAAUAUGCAUGUAAUGCUGCUGUACAGAAAAAGCAGUAUACUAGUCCCAUAGCAAUGAAAAGGUCAUACAUUGUACUACACGCACUGCCAGGGCUGUGAAAUGGGUAAAAUAACUGCUAAAAUUUCCCAGCUAACUGGGGGAACUUUUGCAUGCAGAGCAAAAGUACCAAUUCUGGUACUCCUGGUGACAUGAGGUACCCCACAUAAAAUAAAAGGAACCAAUACUUAUAAAAUACUAUAGUUAACUAAGAAUGAUUGCAAACACAAUUCAGUGGUGUGUGUGUGUAUAUAAAAUCUUACAAAGUCAGUACCUUUUGAAAAACAUGAUUUAUUUUAUAAUUUAAAAUAACAAUAUGUACUGGCCAGACCAUUACCCCCACUAGUAAGUUCAAAUGCAUUCAAUUCUGUGCAUUUCUUGGUUAAACAAAUGUAAGUAGAUAAAACCAAGGCUUUAACCUACACUCCUUAGCUUCGAUUCACAUUAGACCAGAACCAGCUCACUGGCACCCAUGCAAGCUGUUCCUCUGGGGCUCCAGCUCACUGGUCCUGUGCGAGCUGUUCCUCUGGGGCUCCAGCUCGCUGGUCCUGUGCAAGCUGUUGCUCUGGUGCUCCAGCUCACUGGUCCUAUGCAAGCUUUUCCUCUGGGGCUCCAGCUCGCUGGUCCUGUGCGAGCUGUUCCUCUGGGGCUCCAGCUCACUGGUCCUGUGCGAGCUGUUCCUCUGGGGCUCCAGCUCGCUGGUCCUGUGCGAGCUGUUCCUUUUUUUUUUUUUUUUUUUUUUUACUUAAACAUUGCUUAGGUUUAUUUUAUUGGACCAAGUUUAAAAGAUCAUGAAUAUAAUUCACAGUAAACAUGAAAGUAUAUUUGGUCCAAAUAUCAACCCCAGUGCAAAAUAAAACAAUGUAACUGCUGCUUUGUGGUGCCUAAUUACUCCCUGUGCUGUAGGUCACACAGUUUGAAGCGAGACAGACAGACAGACCAGGAAGUUAUUAUUAGGUUGUUUAAUAAUAUUUUGUAAUUAUAAAAAUAACUUUUUGUUAUUAAGUGUCUUUUUAAUGUCACUAAAGAAAAUUGCACCAGAAGCAGCUACUUGUCUUUAGUACUUUACAGAUAGGGCGAGAAAUAUUUUUUCAAAUGCUAACAAGGGUUAGGCUGGAUUUAAAAGCACUGCUUUAAAUAGUAUACAGCUGAUUAGGACUGUUUUUCUGUGUGCCUUUAUUGCAGUUUAAGAGAAGUACUAAACUAAAUUGGAAUUUCAACAUUACUCCAAAAGUUAUGUAUAUAUUAAUAUUAUUAUUGCUCAGAGGACCGAAUGAAACUUCUGUGUAUCAUUUAGUGGAAGAAAACAUGAUGAGCCUUGAAAAUGAGGUCUUCUGAUUGGUCUGUGGGAACAGUGCAGAACGAACUGGAAUUCCUGUGAUCCACAAUACCAGAGCACUGUGCUGGGGUGUGCCCUACGCCCCUGUUGAUCGAUAAUCACAUACUGUAUGCAAUGAAAGAGGAUAAGAAGAACGAUGAUCAGAGUUGUAACCUGUCUUGUAUGUUAUUGGCUGUAAAUCAUGAUUAUUUUUUUAAAUCCAUUUUCUGUACAAAGCAAGGCUUUUUUUAUUAAGAACAAUCAAUAAAUAUAAAGGUGA